AUGCAUUCCAAGGCUACUAUCACGGCCCUGGCCCUGGCCGGGUUCAUCACCCCCUCUAUGACUGCGCCUGCCGGCAACGAGGCUCGCCAGGUGCCUGUCGGCCUCGUCGACGGCCUCACUGGCGGGGCGACCAGCGGACUCACACAGGGCAUCACUGGCCCCGGUGGUGUCGUUGACGGCACCACUGACGCUGUCGACGCACUCCUUGGCAGCCUCGGCGGUCUGACCGGCGGCGCUGGCGCCGUCGCCGACAUCCCCAAGGACGUCGUCGGCUCCGUCACGGGUGUUGCCAGCGGGCUCACCAAGGAUCUCCCCAUCCCCGUGUCCGUGACGCCUGGCGCGGCCGUUGCCAAGGGUGCCCGUCGUCGCCACAACCGCCGUCAGCUCAGCGACGUGACCGAUGCCGUCAAGGGCGCUGCUGACGGCGCCAAGGAUGCCGCUGAAGACGCCACGAGCGCUGCCGGCGACAAGGCCGACAAGGCCACCAGCACAGCCAGCAGCGUCGCAGACGAGGCCACUGGUGUUCUUGGCUCUGCCCUGAGCCAGGUCACCGAGGCUCUUGACCUUGAGGGUCUUCUCGGUGGCGCCACCGGUGCCGCGUCCGGUGCCUCCGGUGCCGCAGGCGGGCUUGUCGACGCGGCUACUGGUAUCAUAGGUGGAAUCACCGACGCUGCGACCGACAUCAUCGGUAACAUCAUUCCUAUCCGUAACGUGGACGCCGAGUCGGUCGACGACCAGACUGUCGCUUCCGUCAUCCACAUGCUGAAGAGUCUCCAAGAGGAGAACAAGCUUCAGGCCCGUGAGGAGGAUCCCAUCAGCGACCUUAUCCAGCAGCUUCUCGGUAGUCUCACCGGUGGCGAUAAGAAGAAGGGUGACGCUCCCGGCGGGCUUUCUGACGGCGUCGGUGGCAUUGUUGGCGGCAUCCCUGACGCUGUCAAGGGCAGCAUUGGCAAAAUCAUUCCCAUCCGCAACGUGGACACCGAGUCUGUCGACGACGAGACUGUCGUUUCUGUUAUCAACAUGCUUAAGAGCCUCCAAGAGGAGAACAAGCUUCAAGCUCGUGAGGAGGAUCCUAUCAGCGACCUCAUCCAGCAGCUUCUCGGUAGUCUCACCGGCGGCGAUAAGAAGAAGGGUGGCCUCCUUGGCGGCGCUCUCAUUCCUGGUAUCCUGAAUGUCAAGCCCGAGGAGCAGAUGAGCAAGGUUCAGGCCCGUGAGGAGGAUCCCAUCAGCGACCUCAUCCAGCAGCUCCUCGGCAGCCUUACCGGCGGCGAUAAGAAGAAGGGUGGCCUCCUCGGUGGUGCCCUCAUCCCCGGCAUCCUCAACGUCAAGCCUGAGGAGGCCAACAUUCAGGCUCGUGAAGAGGAUCCUAUCAGCGACCUCAUCCAGCAGCUUCUCGGUAGUCUCACCGGCGGCGAUAAGAAGAAGGGUGGCCUCCUUGGCGGCGCUCUCAUUCCUGGUAUCCUGAAUGUCAAGCCCGAGGAGCAGAUGAGCAAAGUUCAGGCCCGUGAGGAGGAUCCCAUCAGCGACCUCAUCCAGCAGCUCCUCGGCAGCCUUACCGGCGGCGAUAAGAAGAAGGGUGGCCUCCUUGGUGGCGCUCUCAUUCCUGGCAUCCUGAACGUCAAGCCCGAGGAGCAGAUGAGCAAGGUCCAGGCCCGUGAGGAGGAUCCCAUCAGCGACCUCAUCCAGCAGCUUCUUGGUAGCCUUACCGGCGGCGGCGGCGGCGAGAAGAAGGGCGGUCUUCUCGGCGGUGCUCUUAUCCCCGGCAUUCUCAACGUCAAGCCCGAGGAGCAGAUGAACAAGGUUCAGGCCCGUGAGGAAGAUCCUAUUGCCGAUCUCAUCAAGCAAAUCCUCGGCCUUGUCGGCGGUGACAAGAAGAAGGGUGGCCUCCUUGGUGGCGCUCUCAUUCCUGGCAUCCUGAACGUCAAGCCCGAGGAGCAGAUGAGCAAGGUCCAGGCCCGUGAGGAGGAUCCCAUCAGCGACCUCAUCCAGCAGCUCCUCGGCAGCCUUGGCGGCGGCGACGGCGAGAAGAAGGGCGGCCUCCUUGGCGGAGCUCUCAUUCCUGGCAUUUUGAACGUCAAGCCCGAGGAGCAGAUGAGCAAGGUCCAGGCCCGUGAGGAGGAUCCCAUCAGCGACCUCAUCCAGCAGCUUCUUGGUAGCCUUACCGGCGGCGGCGGCGGCGAGAAGAAGGGCGGUCUUCUCGGCGGUGCUCUUAUCCCCGGCAUUCUCAACGUCAAGCCCGAGGAGGAGAACAAGACCCAGUAA